AUGCCACCCCUACAAGAUGCUAACGCGCCUUCAACCCAAGACCCGAACCCAGAUGCCUCGAACCCUUCUGGACCACCUCCAAUCGCGGUUCCCGCGCCGCGUCAGCCGCCCCCGGAGACGCAGGAAAGCGUGUGGAUGAGACGCGCCGUUAUAUCCUCCUUUUGGGCCGUGGUGCUGUUCCUGGGGCUUCCAGUAUGGUGGAAGACGACAGCCAUCUACCGCGCAGACUUGCCAUUGCAGACCAUGACGGAUUGGGCUGAUGGGAAGAUCUGCAAACCUGUUUUCCCCCUCCGCAUUGCUGUAGAAGCUCCCGCACUCCUUUCCGUAGAUGCUCAACAUCUCAUUCGCACGACGCAACACGCCCUUGACGACCUAAACGAGUUCUCGGCCCACCAUCUCCGCCUCAUGCUUGCCGACUCUCCUUGGACGGCGAACAUAUCCCAGCAGGUUGUGAGCGACGGCAUGCGUAUUUCCGCUAAGGACGAGGACAUCGCAUUGUCAAUAAGGCUGGUGCCGGUAGAAACUGGCACUACCCCUCGCUCGCAUCUGCAGCAGUACUCCCCAACCCUCGACGUCUACUACACAGCGAAUCAGCUCCCUCCGCCGUCGUCCACGUCCUCUCCCCUUGCCACAUUCAUUGCCAAUGAGCUACACAAGAUGUUUGCCGAGGAGCAGGCACUCCUUGCCUACCUUCUCUCAACCACGUCUGGCGCCCACACUGCCAAGAUCAAGUCCUUAUCGCCCGACACAACCGCCGAUCUCGAGCGCCAGUCCACUCGAGCAUUGAAGUAUGCACCAACCUACCAUCUAACUUUCUCCUUGUUUAGCCCUACCUCUGUGCCCUCAGCCUGGGAAAUCGAAUCAGCGCUCCGGCAAUAUCUCUCCCCCUUGCUCGAGUCGUUCGCGGCCAUCAACAAUUUCACUGUCGACACCCAAGUACAGCUCUAUGCCGGAUUCUCUCCUUCCAUCCGCCAGCCCGAGUAUGAUGACACCCUCAAAGCUUGGACCCUGAGGAAGGAAGACUUGAGUGGAUUCAUCAAUGCCGCUGAAUGGCCGUUGAGCCCCAGCAUCGGCAUCGGUCCGACUGUGAACUUUGUCCUCUACGUCCCCGACCCGAGCCAAUCACCGCUGCUCGUGAAGGAGAACGGAGGAAAUAGUUGGCUGAUUCCACAAUGGGGUGGUGUCCUCAUCCUCAAUCCAGCCCUUUCCACCAACUCUCCCACUAUUCUGACGACAUUGACAACGGAUGCUCUGGCACCUGCCAUGCAUACGUUUUCGAACCAGCUCUUGUCGUUACUUGGGCUCCCGCAGACUCCCCACUCCCUCCCGCUACGUUUAUCAACCCUCAAACGAGUUCGCGCCGCAUCGCUACUGUUUUCAGCCUCCUCGACUUUAGGCGCUCUCGCCCGACUGACGCGAGCCCUCCCCUCAAUCCCAAUUCCAGACAAGGUUGCAAUAUCAGUACAUCUCACCACCGAUCAUCUCCAACAAGCCUGCAACAAUCUUCGAGAGGGACGGUUUCAAGGCGCGCUUGAACAUGCGAGGAUUGCCGAAGCCGAAGCAGAAAAGGCAUUUUUCGAGCGCUCCAUGGUUGGACAGGUGUAUUUCCCGGAUGAACACAAAGUUGCCGUAUAUCUACCCCUACUCGGCCCCGUAGCCGUGCCACUCGUUAUGGCUGCAUUGAAAGAGGUAAAGACAAGGAAUAAAAGGCCCCGAGAUAUCCUCCGAUGCGCGACAGAUGCAGUCUACAGUAUUUCCAGUUGCAGUCCCGUUUUACUCUACUAUGAUGGGGCUAACCGCUUCCGAGUAGCACUUCUAGGCUGUCCAAUUCAUACGUCAAAGUUAGCAGUUUUACCUAACACCGCAAGGCUAAGAAACUGCAAGUGGGCUUUGGUGCCACAAGAGAGCCAGGCCCAUUUGUUCGCAAUGUCCCUAUCUGCGGAAUCGGUGCAGACGGUCAAAUCCAUCCUCGAUGGCGUCACUGCUGAGUCCAAAACUGGUGUCCCAGGUCUCGUGUUCAUCGCCGUCGACAGAAACGGCAAGACGCUUGUUGAACAUGCAUCUGGUACACGAUCCUUGAAUUCUAAAGAGCCAAUGGACAUGGAAACUAUGUUCUGGAUCGCUUCGAUGACCAAGAUCGUGGCAACUAUCGCAUGCAUGCAGCUCUACGAGGAGGGCAAAAUGCCGCUCGACGACUCCGAGUUCGUAAAGAAAUACGCGCCCGAGAUUAGCAAGAAGAAGGUUUAUGCGGACGGAGUGACACCGAUGGAACAGGAGAAGGGGGUCACGAUGAGGAUGUUGUUGUCGCAUACAGCGGGUUUUGGGUAUUCGUUCUGGGAUCCAAGAGUGAACAUGCAAGGGCGGCCUAUUGGGAUUGAGGAGUUCCACGGCGAUGUGGAGGAUAUCCUCGAAAGCCCCAUGGUGAAUCAGCCGGGCAGCAUGUGGGAGUAUGGUAUUAACAUCGACUGGGCUGGCAUAAUCCUCGAACGCGUCACGGGCCUCAAACUCGGCGCCUAUAUGGAAAAACAUAUUUUUGAACCGCUGGGCAUCACAGGGAUGACCAUGUUUCCAACCAAGGAAGAGCAGAAAAAUAUGGCGGCUUCACACCAGAGAGACGCAGAGGGAAACGUGAGUGAGAGGAACCAUCUCUAUCGCCGCGUUUUGAGGGCCCAGACGAAAGAGGAGCAGGAUAGGAUCUUUAAUUCAGCGGGUGCGGGACUGUUUGCUAGGCCGAAUGAGUAUGUUAAGAUUCUAGCCACGUUGUGUAACAACGGCACGUCGCCUACAACAGGCAGGACGAUCCUCAAGAAGGAAACCGUCGAUCUAAUGUGGGAGAACCAGAUUCCAAACCAGCCCGACUUCGCCCGCAACGGCCCUCCCCCAGCAGACCCUACCCUCGCCAACUACGCGCCAGAAAUGUACCCACAAGAAGGCAACCCACCUCAAGGUUGGGGUCUAUCCAUGUUCCUAACCAUCGCCCCCGGCAUGACAGGGCGCGCGGCUAACACGGGCUGGUGGGCUGGCAUUGCAAAUCUGUUUUGGUGGGUGGAUCGCGAGAAGGGAGUUGCGGGGAUUGUUGCGGGACAGGUGCUGCCGUUCGGUGAUGGUAAGAUUAUUUCGGCAUGGUUUGGAGUCGAGAAGGCGGUUUAUGAGGGGCUGAGGAAGUAG